AUGGCUGUGGACUUUGGGGAUCACGCCAGUGGUUUCCGCCACAAUGAGGUGAUCCGUUUUAUCAACAAUGAAGUCCUCAUGAAUGGCGGCGGCCCUGAAUUCUACGUGGCCUUCCGCUCCCGAUCCUGGAAUGAAGUCGAGGACCGGCUUCAGGCAGUCGUGGUCGACCCGCAGGUACCGCGGUCCCUCAAGAGGGCCUGCGCCUGGAGUGCGCUGGCUUUGGCUGUGAGAGCUGCCGCGAGGCAGAGGGAGCAGCAGGCUGUUAGCCUCCAUCAGCUGCUGGAGCAGGUAGAGGAGCGUGAAGCGGCAUCUGUGGCUCUAGCUUCUGAGCUACAGCGGGUGCGUGAGGAGCGCGAGGGGGUAUCUGCACAGCUACGGUACACACAGGCCGCCCUGCAGCAGGCGACAGAUGAGCGGGACCUUAUGCGCUGGAGGCUGCUCCAAGCUGAAAAGUCUUCACAGGCUUGCCAGCUGCCCCAGGAGGUUGUCCGAGGUCCAAGAGUUGACCAGCUUGCUGCUAUAGCAUGGCCCCUGGGUGAAGAGCAAAGAGAGGUGGUGGCCUUGGGGGCACAAGGCGUGCCACAUUUGGAGGCCCAAAUGCCAGUCCCAGGAACUUUACUUUACAUGCCAACACCAGGUCCCUGGGUUCCGGCGAUGCAACCCCCUCUGCCAAUAUCAGUGACAUAUCCGUACCCAUGCCAUGCACCAUUGCCAAUGGGAUUCCCAUAUGCAACACCUGUAGCACCACCUGCAGUACUAAUGGAGUCAGAAGCGGUAGGAUCAUCAGCAACAGGGACAUCAACUGCACUGGCAGAAAGUGCUUCCCAGUUCCAUCCUGAAAUGAUCUCCCCAGCUGGUGUGUGGGCUACAGUGGGGUCCCAAGAGGCAAUGGGCCAUUUGUGUGACCCGAAUUGCAAUGGCUGGUUUAAAUAUCCUGAAAACCUCCAGGGGGGAAGUUAUCCGGCGGACACUAGAAGCAACUGCCAAGGGGAAGAACCUGGGUGUCCCCAUGGGACAGCCCCCUUGGGACACAACAGCAUCCCGGAAAAAAAGGAAGUUAUAAUGAUGCCCCAGGGGUUGGUCCCUUUGGGACAAAGUGGCAGCCAUGACCCAAAGAAAGAACCAGAGAUGCCGCAGGGAGUGACUCCCAUAGGACAGAGUAGCAACCCGGACCAGAAAAACGAUCCAGUAAUGCUCCAGGAGGUGGAGCCCCUGGGACAGAAUAGCAGCCUUGACCAGAAAAAAGAUCAGAUGAUGCCUCAGAGGAUGGCCACCUUGGUACAGAGUAGCCGUGAUCAGAAGAAAGAUUUAGUGAUGCCUCAGGAGACAGCCCCAGAAGGACUGAGCAGCAACAACAACCAAAAGAAAGAUCCAGUGAUGUCCCAGGGAACGGUCCCCCUGGGACAGAGUAGCAGCCCUGGCCAGGUGAAUUAUCCAGUAAAUCCAGUAAUGCCAAAUAAGGUCGCCCCCCUGGAACCCAGCAGCCACCUUGCCCAGAAGAGAGAUCCAGUGACACCCCAGGGGAUGUCCACUGUUGCACAGAGCAGCAGCCACACCCAGAAGAAAGUUCCAGUGGUGCCCAAUGAAAGCACCCUCCUGGGGCAUAGAAGCAACUAUGAUGAAAAGAAAAAUCCAGCAGUGCUCCAAGAGACAGCCCCACUGAGACAGAGCAGCAGUCAGGGCCCGAAGAAAGAUCCACUGAUGCCCCAGGCAAAGGCCCCCCUGGGAGAGAGCAGCAGCUAUUGCCAAAAGAAAGAUACACUGAAGCCCAAUGGCAUUGCCACCUUGGGACCAAGCAGCAGCCUUGGCCAGAUCAAAGAUUCAGUGAUGCUCAAUGGAAUGGGUCCUGUGAAAGAGAACAGCAGCCUGAACCAAAAGAAAGCUACUGUGAUGCCCCAGGGGACAGCCCCUCUGGGACAGAGUAGCAGCCACGACCUGAAGAAAUAUCCAGUCUCCCUGGGACUCAGCAGCAACUUUGACCAAAAAGAAGAUACAGUGGUGCCCUAUGGGAAGGUCUGCUUCGGGCACAACAGUAAUCAUAGCAAGGAGGAACAUCCAGAGAAACACCUGGCAACCCCUCUGAGUGACAGCAAGAACAGUAGUGUGAAGAAAUGCUUAAAGAAACAGCAGGUUCCAUCUCAGAAAGCUAAGCAACCAAAAGGGAAAAAAGCCUCAGAAUUCCAACAACAGCAGGCUGCCCCGGGCUGUAAUCCAAUGAAUUGGGACUGUCCUUGGUGUAAAUCUAGUAAUUUUUCAUGGCGUACAUCCUGCUAUAGAUGCAAGAAAAUCUGUGUGCCAAUUAAAAGUGGAGGUGUUGACCCAGGGAAAACUCACUAA